AUGAAGCUGAAGCUCAUGAUGCUCAUGUGCAUCACAUUGACCAAGGCGGGUAAGUUCAGCACUUGUGACUGGAUCCUCUCGUGUAUCCUGAUCCAUUUGCCCUUGCUGGGUCUCUUGCUGGUGGAAGCCACGUUCAUCUAUUACGUUUUCAACUUCCUCGGUGAGAAAAGGAUUGUUCAGGACGAGGACACCGUCUGCAUUAUGGCUGCAAGCAUGAUGAACCAGGAGCUUCUUCCAUCGGUUCACAUGAUGCUUUGGCUUUGGGGAGCCAAGCGGAGUGAUCAGCGAUUGCAGGUGAAAGAAGAGGAGGGUGCAGAGCCGGAAAAGCCAGGUGAAUUGACCAAUCGACGCAGAGUCGUUUGGUUUUUGCUGCUUGUAUUGCGCAAUGCCAUGGCUAUUAUAUUCUUCGUUUGUGCCGUUAGACACAUCAUGUCCCAGGAUAAAGCUUCAGACCAAAUCUUGAACACAACUGCCAUGGUCUUUGUAUUGGAGAUUGACGAGGUCUUCAUGAACCUCCUUUUCUCGCCGGAGGUUUUGCAUCUGCUGAGCACAGUACCUGCAGUAUCAGGUGAGUUGCAAACAAACCAUGUGGCUUCAAUGCACAAAAACACCGCGGCUUUCAUGAAAUUGCAGUUUCUCCAGAGUUUUGUCCGCGUCAUGGGCUUUCUUUGGGCAACCAUUCCGAUCACGAAGGGAAUGCCAGACGACGCCGAGUUGUCGGAGGCUUAUGCGUGCACUGUGCUUCUGAUGCUCUUUGCUUCGCCAUACAUACUGACCUUUGUUCUUCUUGUCCUCUACAAGGGCUCAGGCUUGUGUGUGCACAUGUAUGGGACCCAGAAGGAUUUACCCGCGAGUGGACAGCAGGUUGAGGACACCGGUGGGUCACCGAAGUCUGAAAAAGCCACAAAAGGGGCCCAGGCCAGUGCUUCCAGUGUUUCAAGUGCUCCCUUGGCCACCGGUGAUGGGCACCCUUCACAAUCGACAUCCCGAUGGAGUGACGAAAUGGAUAUCUGA